UGCCUUCACUCGCCUGACUCGAACAGCCACCAAGCGGCGCUGCUGGACUCGGAACAGGGGGCUGUGUGUAUGUAUGGAGGGGGGGAUGUAGCGGUCGGUGUCGAGGCUGCAGCGGCGCUACAAAACAGAAUCCCCCCGCUGUCAGGUGAUUGGAUGUAGUUUCAGCUCGGUGGUGGUCCGCGAAUGCACCGUGUCCAUCCAAAUAUACACCCGGACUCGGCGCUGCUUAACGGGUGCCAGUGACGGUCUUUUAAGGGCCUUAGGUUCCAGGGCUGAGCUCAGAAGUAGCACCACCAUGGGCGUGGAAGUCGAGACGAUAUCCCCCGGUGAUGGAAGAACAUUUCCUAAGAAGGGCCAGACAUGUGUCGUUCAUUACAUAGGUAUGCUCCAGAAUGGAAAAAAGUUUGACUCUUCUCGAGACAGAAACAAGCCCUUCAAGUUCAAGAUCGGUCGGAUGGAAGUCAUAAAAGGCUGGGAGGAGGGAGUAGCACAGAUGAGCCUUGGCCAGAGGGCUAAAAUCACCUGCACACCAGACAUGGCAUAUGGAGCAACAGGCCACCCUGGGGUCAUUCCCCCGAACGCCACGCUGAUAUUUGAUGUGGAACUGCUGAAGCUGGAGUGAUGCCUGAGGUCAACAUACCAAGGUUUAAGCCUCAUUCGGCAGCAAUUGCCCUGACCUGUUUCCUCUGAAAGACCGUACCUGGCUGCUGCCACCCAAUCUCCUGCCUGCCUGCUUUUCCUACUUCCCCAAGUUAAAUAUUUAAGUCUGCCAUCGUAUGAAAGAUUACUUUUAUUCAGACAACAUUCUGAUCCGUAUGCACAACAUUUUAGUGUUUCUCUUAAUCGCUAAUUUUAUUUUUUAAAUCUAAUUUACAGUUGUAAAUUUUGUUGAAUGAAAUAAAAGAAAGCAUCCGUUGAAACCUCCAUUGCGUCGCAAUCCUAAUGAACACUAUACUGCCUUACAGUUUCAGCAACAACAAAAGGGGAAGUGUUUCGCACACUUCUUAGCUCUGCGUAAUGACUGGGCAUUAAACUGUAUACCACUGUCUGCAUUGCCACUUUGACACAGGCCUGUCCUGUGGAAUGCUCUGAUAGAUGUUGCUGUCUUUAGUAUAUUUUAUAUCGUAUUAACAUAUGAUGCAAAUAAAGCCCUUCUGUCAACCCAGUCCAAUACUGUACAUAACUCUGCUGGAGCCGUUGCUAGACCAACUGUUGAAUAAAAUGGCAUGUACU